CACUGCGGAAGUUGUACGUUGAUUCUGGCCCGUCCAGCUGCAGGAACUUUGCCUUCGUUCCUUCACAACAAGAUGGACUGGAAUGAAGACGAUGGUGGCUGUCACCACGGACAUGGAGGUCAUUCUCACAGUCACGGGCCGAGAGCGGCGCACCCCUUCAUGACAGGUUUUCACGGACAGUUCGGCAAAAGCCCGGAUCAGACGAUGAACCUCAGCCAGCAGCCGAAGAAACGGUCGCACAUGGACGACAGCAGCAGUUGGGACAUAGUGAAGGCAACACAGUUUGGUAUCCUCGAGCGUUGUAAGGAGCUGGUGGAAGCCGGAUAUGACGUCAGGCAGCCGGACAAAGAGAACGUCACUAUGCUUCACUGGGCGGCCAUCAACAACCGCGUAGAGCUGGUGAAGUAUUAUAUGUCGAAAGGGGCGAUAGUUGAUCAGCUUGGAGGAGAUCUGAGCUCCACUCCUCUUCACUGGGCCAUAAGGCAGGGGCACCUCCCCAUGGUGAUCCAGCUGAUGAGAUACGGAGCAGAUCCCUCCAUCGCAGACGGAGAAGGCUACCGUGCUCUCCACCUCGCCAUCCUCUUCCAGCACAUGGCCAUAGCAGCUUAUCUUAUGGCUAAAGGACAGGAAGUCGAUGGGCCUGACUGUAACGGACAGACACCACUGAUGUUAGCAGCCCAAAAGAUUAUUGGACCCGAACCCACAAACUUCUUAAUCAAAAAUAAUGCCUCUGUCAGUGCUGUGGACAAAGUGAACAGGAACACUCCGCUGCACUGUGCCGUUUUGGCAGGAAACGUAGAGGCCGCCCACAUCCUGCUGGAGGCCGGGGCCAGCGUGGACGCAGAAAACAUCAACGGUCACACGCCCAUCGACUUGGCUCACCAAGUGCACAGCCCGCUGCUCAUCCACAUGCUCAACCACGUCAAACAGGAGAGGAUUCGCUCCAACUCGCGCUGCGUGCGGAUCGUCAACAGAUACAGGGUCUUUCUACAGUUUUUGCUCUGCACUGCCAUGCUUGGAAGCGUAGGCGCCAUAGUUGAUAUGAACUCAGAGUCCUGGCUGCUCAAAGGGAUCCUGCUUGCCUGUGUGAUAGGUGUGAUCAAUGUGGCCUCAAGGAACUUCCCAGGUCCAGCCUUUCAGUCUCUCCUACCUGCUACAACUCUCAUGGCCUCAAUCUUCUGGAUGCUCGUCACCUGGUGCCUCUGGUUCCUUCCAGAUGGACCCAGCGCCACAGUUCAGGUCUUGUUCACUCUGAAUGCCACUGCUCUGCUUUACUACUACUUCCGCACCUGCAGGACCGACCCAGGCUUCGUCAAGACAACCGAAGAAGAGAAGAAAAUGAAUGUGUUGGUGUUGGCUGAAGCCGGCUGUCUGGACCCCAGAAUAUUCUGCACUUCUUGCAUGGCAAAGAAGCCAAUGAGAACAAACCACUGCUUCUCCUGUGAUGCCUGUGUGGCGAAGCAGGACCACCACUCCGUCUGGACCAACGGCUGCAUCGGUGCGAGGAACCACCACUAUUUCGUCCUCUUUCUGUUCUCCCUCAUGAUGAUGGGAGCCUGGAUGUUCUACGGUUGUAUCGUAUACUGGUCGAUUCACUGCGUGCUGCACUAUGAGGAUCAGGGCCUGUGGGGAGUGGUCUCCGGCCUGGUCAGCUGCUCCCCAUGGCUGCUCAGCAUCCUCCUGCUGGCCUUCUAUCACGUCUGCUGGUCCGGCUUGGUCCUGGUGAUACAGCUCUACCAGAUCGCCUUCCUGGGACUGACCUCAGCCGAGAGGACGACCCUGACAUUCCACCAGAGGAAACUCCGGCAAUCUGUCUCCCUGAGACAGAAUCCAUACAAUCUGGGCGUGGUGAAGAACCUGGUGUCGUUCUUCCAGCUGCGUUGCUGCGGCCUCUUCAAACCGGCCGUCAUCGACUGGACGCAGCAGUUCCCGCCCGGCCGCGACCAGCCGAUGUUCGGCCACACCGACAUGGUCUGACCUCCCCGCCACGCCUCGCUCAGGGUCAACGGUCAGACUCUUACAGUGGUUCUGGACCAAAAGCACAAAGUGUAUUUAUUUAUUUUUUUAAUGGGUUGGCUCCUUGUGAAGAGAGACCACCGUAUCAGAAGUCGGGAAAACACAAAGCAUUGUGUAGAUAUUGUUGAAACGGAUGCUCUUUGUACAGACUGCUGCUGCCUUAUACUUGACCAAUGUAAGUGAGAUGAAAAUCACAAAUGUUUAAAUUUGGGUAAGGUUAAUCAAACCUUCAAACGCCUAAAUUGUGAUUGAAGUUUUGAGAUUUUUUUUUUUUUUUUUUAUGAACACAUCAAGCCUAUUUUGUAUCAUCUGUUCUGAGGAAAAAAAAGGAUCUUUGUACGCGUCAACAGCUGGUUUUAUGACUUUUGUAAAAGUUGCAUGUGUUUAAUAACGAAUGACCACUAUAUUACUUCAAUAAAGCAAUGUUGUGCCUGUCUUUUUAA